AUGGAACGCCGCCUUAUAAAUUACUCACACGCAGGGCAUGAACCUCCUAGUCUCUCCUGGCCGGAAGGAGACCAACGGAGAAGCACAAGAGUAGUCGUUAUUGAGAGAGACGACUUAGAGAAUACCUACGGAUACAUAUUCGGUAUUCUCACGCCCUACUUCCCAAAUUAUCCUACUGCAGACUUCAUUGCUAUAUCGCAAUACACCUCUGGCUCCUGUGCUACACAAAGCGUUACUGCACACACUCUGGAGCAAGACCUAGGCCAGGAAUAUCCACCCGGCACUAGACGUAUCAAUAACCAACUCCGUCACAACAAUCGCCCUAUCCGGCGCGAAGGGGAUUUCUGGGUCUACGAAGACAAUAACGGAACUGCCCCUCCGAAUUACGAUAACUGCUCAUACCGAAACGGGCGUUAUUACUUCACCCUUGAAGACGGAACAGAAGAAGAGGAUAUUUGGAACGAAACAGAAGCUCAGUGGGAACUAGCCCCACAAUACAGGGAACCGGCGCCGGUAAUCCCCGAAGACUCGGAGCAAGAGGAAACAACCUCGGAAUCAGACUCCGACUCACCAGACCAAACACCGAUCAACACCCGAAACGAACCACUUGCCGAAAUGUCGGGACAAGCUUCGACUUCUACAAACACCCCUUCCGCGACAGUACAACCCGGAAGAGGAAAAGUCAAACUCCCAGACAAUUACACAGGCGACCGCAUUGAAUCCCAGAAAUUCAUGCUCCAAUGCCUCCUUCUUUUCGCAGCAGAAUCCGAUCGGUACAAGACCGAUCAAGACAAAAUAUCCCUUGUGCUCUCAUGCAUGAGAUACGGCACGGCGGGAGCUUGGGCGGAGAACUUCCUCCUCAAAUCAGUAGGAGCAGACCCACCUACCGAUCUAGGCACCUGGAAGGACUUUUUAGCCAAGUUCAAAUUACAGUUCAGAGAGACGGGCAAGACCGACAAGGCGCGAAGCGCACUUAUGGCCUUCUCCCAAGGACGAAUGACGGUUGAUGAAUACUCCAACCAAUUCAUUCUCAUCGCCGCCGAUGCCGACAUCUCCGAUAAAGAGCAAGUCCCUUACUUCCAACGCGGGCUAGACCCGCGCGUCAUGGACAAAAUAUACGACAAGGAAGUUCAGCCAAAGGAUACGAUUCAGGACUGGAUCAAUACAGCCUGCGAAAUAGAUGGAUGA